AUGCCUUCCCCAAGGAUUGAAGCCGACGGUCACGAUGGAGACAAGCGAGACUCCACCGGUGGUCGGACUGCAAUUGCUAUUUCGGUUUCUUUUUUUCUCCCCGAGUCUCCUACUCUGGAUACUCUGAUCGACUCCGACGUCGCACUGACCACGGCGGCCCUUUAUUGCGGUCAUGGUUACUGUCGCGUGGGUGCACAACGCCGGUGGGACGUGAUUAAAUCAAUUCCGUCGAAGCCCUACUCUUAUUCCAAGGGAUCCUAUCUAGAUGACUACAGGAAAUCCCGCGCCAGAGCCCAGCCUGGAAACAGUUCCCUUUUCGGCGUAGUUCCUGAGCACCUCAUCAGAAUCCAAAGUCCCAAAUCCAAACCCUUCCACUCCUCCAUACACGACAAGAGUAAACAUCAAAACUCGGCGGGUCCCCAGAGCCGCAUGGUUGUCUUUUCGUGCCCAAAGAUUCUCGACCACGGCUCCGGGUUGCGAUCGUCAUGGAGUCGGCAAGUUGAUGCCGCGAGAGUUUGCCGACUCCAAAGUCAAAAGGGAAUCGUGGGCCUCGUUGCGGUUCAGCUCGAUAGGCGCGUCUAUCACGCGGGUUCAUUCUAG